GCGCGUGCAUUUCAAAAAAGAAGAAAAAUAAUCUGUUGAAGCAGCUGUCGCCCGCAGAGUCAUCGGAAAACGGAAUAGGCGCUUUGGACCUGCUCACUGGGCGGUGUGGUAGCACACACAAUAGGCUUUACCUUUUCACCUUGUAGUUUUUUUUUCCCCAAGUAGGGUGCCGUUAUAUCGCGAUAGCAGUGCGGCUCUUCUGUGCAUCAACGAGCAAGACAUAAGCGUUGCAAGCUCGCUGCUGAAAACGUUCCGGCUUCAUCUGUCCACAUUCACGGAUCCACCGUAAGCCAAACACACACACAAAAAAAGGGAGAGGAAGUACGUAGGAUAAGUUGUAGCAUCCCCCGUGAUUCGACGGGAUCUUUUUCUCGUUCUAUCUGCGCUUUAUCGGUUUACUUUGUUUUCUCCUGUUUUUUUUCUUCUAUUUUUCUGCUUGUUACUAUUUUUUUUUCUAGACAAUGACGGAGUAUCUCAAUGAUCUGGCCACAGCGAAGCCCGGCGACGCAAUGCCGCCGAUCAACCUGGGACCCUAUGACAACCCGCUGCUGUGGAACAAGCUGGACCCCUACGGUGCCGAUCGUGGACAUCAACGCCGUCCCAUGACGGUGUCCCGCGACUUCAUGGAGCUGAACCAAAUCCCGAUUAUCUACCGCGACCAGUGUGUGCACCGCUGGAUUCCGUUUAAUCGAUGCAUGCGCAACCUGAAGCCCGUGACGUGGGGCACGGCGAACUGCCACGAGUUCGAGGAGGCGUGGAUGGUGUGCCGGGCCCACGAGACGUACAGGCUGCAGCUCCUCAAGAGUAAGUUCAUGGAGUUGACGAAGGACUACACCGCCGAGGACAAAAAGUUUUUUCCUAGCAUUCUGUACCUGGGCAUCCCCUACUACAUGCCGUCCUACUACUGGAGCCUCGCGACCUCGCAGCGACUUAGCGGGUGGGAUGAGAAGGACCCGGCGAACCCGGUGAUGUGGCGCGAGCCCAACCGCUCUCUCAUGCGCGCUGAGUUCUCGCCGACGAACUGGGAGAAGGGUUCGAUGACGAGCGCGUUCGGCCACAAGAUCAUCCCGGACGAGAUUGUGCACGAUAUGGUUCCCGGGUUCCCGCUGACAGAGGACAAGCGCCCCGUUUCCGUGUAA